AUGUCCUCGGAUUCAUUUGGAAAACAGAUCCUCAAUCGACAAACCACAGAAUGGGCCUCCCAUUACAUUAAUUACAAAGCAUUAAAAAAAAUUAUCAAUAGCCUUCAAAGUGCGUACCAUAAUAACGAACGAUCAUUACCUCCGACCCCUGUUACUAUUGGACCCUCACGAAUUCCUCUUAAUGCAGAUGAUCCUUCACAACCUGACGAUUAUCAUGUGUUUCUACAACAGCAAAAGGCUGCCUUCUUUUUCAAACUCGAACGAGAGCUUGAAAAAGUGAAUACUUUCUACCUUCAAAAAGAAAAUGAAUUCAAGGUCAGAUUACGUUCCUUGAAUGAUAAGAAAAAAAUUUUGCUAGGUAGCGGAAAAAGGUUAUCCGCUCGUUCGGCAUCUCUUAUGACUUUAUUGGAAGCAUUUCAACAAUUCCAACAAGAUCUCAAUAAACUACAGCAAUUCAUCGAAAUCAAUGCUACAGGUUUCCGUAAAAUUUUAAAAAAAUGGGAUAAGCGUUCCAGGACUAGUACCAAAGAACUUUAUCUUACACGACAAGUUGAGAUUCAACCAUGCUUUAACAAAGAAAUUAUUGCUGAUCUGUCGGAUAAUGUUGAAAACAAUUUGACGGAACUUCGUGAUAUAAAAAACGGGUUGUCCGCGACCCCAAUGUCCUCACCAUCACCCCCAGGGCGAAGACAUUCAAUAGGUGAAUCGGAGGAACAUGACUUAAUGGAUGAUAUUGAAAUAGAACUUUUCAAAGCCAUUACAACAGGUGCACCUUCAACAGUACAUGAUAUACUGGAAAGAAUUCGUCAAUAUCCAAGCGAUGAGGAUCAUGAUAUUAUUUCACGUGUCUUCUGGCGAGCAUGUUCAGAGAAAAGCUCUACAGUCGAAUCCAUUAAAUACUUGGUUGAUACCAAUAAAAUUUAUUUCAAGUAUAUAGAUGAUAUUAGUGAACGAACGUGUUUGCAUGAGGCUGCUAUCGUAGGGAAACUACCUCUUAUGAAACUUUGUGUUGAGCAUGGUGUCAAGGUAGAUUGCACUGAUAUCUAUGGCAGAAAACCGUUACAUUAUGUAUGUAUGUCUGGUCAUAGCGCAGCGGCCACAUAUCUAUUAUCUCAAGGCGCAGAUCGUGAAAGUUGUGAUCAUGAUGGCUUUAAUCCAUUAAUAUAUGCUGUUACGAAUGGCCAUACCAAAUGCGUCGAGAUUCUACUUGAUAAAGGCGCUCGAAUCGAACCACUUGAAGAGGGGGACCAUAAUCAUAUUCCUUUAUCUUUAGCAUGUCAGUAUGGUCAUAAAGACAUUUCUUUGCUGUUACUAGAUAAGGGAGCAAGCAUUAUUCCUGAUGCAGAAGGUCUUACUCCUUUGCACCUGACCGCUCGUCAAGGUCAUCAUGGACUAUUAAAAGUCUUGACAGAGCAUGGUGCUUUCUUGGAUGCACCUGACAAAUAUAAAGGCUGGACUCCUAUAUUUUACGCUGCUAGUGAGGGUCAUAUAGAGUGCGUGGAUGUUUUAAUACAGGCUGGAUGUAAGGUGAACAUAACCGAUGAAGCAGGGCAUUCUCCGAUUUACUAUGCUGCCUGGGAAGGUCAUAUAAAGUGUAUCAAUAAAUUAUUACAAAGGCCAGGCGGAUUCGCAGAGACCGCAGAUCCAAUCAUAGAUGAACCCAUAGUUGCUGCUGAAAAUAUGCUAAUCGAUGGACCGAUUGAUGAAUACCUUAAUAUGUCUAACAAUAUUAAUAGUAUACCAUCUUUAAUAUUACCACCACCUAUAUUACCACUUCGAAUCUAUGGACAUAGUUACCUAGAUAAAAAAUAUCAUAUUCAAAUUACCCUCGGACAUCCUUCGUCCAAACAGUCAAGACCUCCCGUUCACUUAUAUGGUAACAGUAAAAUCUCAUCUUUGAAGCUCGUCAUGUCCUCAAGGCCGGACAUGGGAAUAAUUCCACAUAGCAUCAUUUUACCAUUAGGUGAUGAUCGAGAGAUGUUUUCUUUUCAGGUAGAUACUCUUAAAUCUUUUUCACUGGAAUUCGAUAUUUUUCCUACCUUUGGUUCCAAGGUUAUUGGUAAAGGUGUAGCCUUACCUCAUGUAUUUGAUGUCACCAAUGAUCAUGAAAGAAGAAAUAAUUUAGUGACUGGAGGUACCGGAGGAAAAGUUAUUUGUCCUUUGUUUGAUACGCAUUUAAAAGUUGUCGGUGAAUUAGCGUUCGAAUUUGCAAUUGUUAAGCCGGUCCAGGGUGUUCAGCUUGAAGUCGGAGGUCAAGUAGAAACUUAUUGGAAAUCUACCGAUACUGUUACACUUUCAAAUUCUACAGAACAACAAUUAAAUCUCAAUGAAAUAAGUGGAAGUAUUCCAUCUUUUAUAACGGAUUCUUCCCUGUCAGGAGAAUAUAUUCAAAUUGUAGUACAGGUUACAAGAGACAUUAUUACUGUCGUAUAUUCAGAGUGGAUGCUGCCUGUUGAAGGAUUCGAUUUAUGCGUAUCUGAUGUUACAUUCAAACAAUUCAAGUCCUUAAGAAAUCAGCAACAAGAAAAUAUAGAUUUCAAUAAUAUUACUAAUUCAGCAGAAUUACAAAAAUUAAUUCAUCAAUCCUACCUUUCAUUAGAGGACGUACUCAAGAUGUUACCAUCAUCUCUCGGAGUAAAUCUUGAAAUAAAAUACCCGACGGUAUACGAAAUGUCCCGGUUUUGUUUUUCCGAUAUACUCGACAUAAAUAGUUACGUAGAUACCAUUCUACAAACUGUUUAUCAUUAUGCUCAAAGUCAAUCAAUAAAUAAUCGUUCCGGAGAGAAAUCAACAAAUCGUUCAGUAAUGUUUUCGUCGUUCAACCCGGCAAUUUGUACCGCUUUGAAUUGGAAACAACCGAACUACGCGGUUUUUUUUAAUUCUUAUUGCGGUUUCGAUAGCGAAGAAAUUAAUAGUGGUAAAAAACGUAAAGGGAGAGGAGAAAGCAAUAAUGAAACAUAUGAAAAUGUCGAAAAAGACAAGCGUUGUACCUCGCUUAAGGAAGCUGUCAAGUUCGCAAAACGAAAUAACCUUUUGGGAGUAAUUUGCGACGCGACAAUAUUAGUAAAAGUGCCGUCGCUAAUAACGAACGUUAAACAAGCUGGACUGGUAUUAACUACGUUUGGAAUAGCUAAUAAUGACGAUCAUAACAUAAUAUUACAAGACAAAUAUCAAGUUGACGCGAAG